AUGAGUUAUUACGGUCGAGGUAAUAAUAAUAAUUAUAGAUCAUCAAACUAUGGAAAUCGUCAGGGCGCAAGCAAUGGAAAUAAUUUUCUUGAUAAUCUUGAUUCAUUUGACAUUGCACCACUACGUCCAGGUCAACCAAUAAUUAAAAAUUUCUAUUCCGAAACAUCAUUAAUAGCUAAUCGAGGACAACAAGUAACCGAUCAAUUUUAUCUUCAAAAUGAAAUGGCAAUACAAGGUUUUGCACCUAAACCAAUACUUGCAUUUGAUGAAGUUCAAUUUCCUGCUUCUAUUCAACAUGUAAUGCAAAGACUUGGUUAUGUUCGACCAACAGCGAUUCAGUCACAAGCAUGGCCUAUACUUUUACAUGGCAAUGAUCUUGUUGGUAUUGCUCAAACAGGUUCAGGAAAAACUUUAUCGUUUCUUUUACCUGCAUUGAUUCAUGCUAACGGUCAAACAGAUAAUAGAUCCGGUGAUCCAUUAGUUCUUAUUCUAGCACCUACACGUGAAUUAGCUCAACAAAUUCAAGUAGUUGGAGCUGAUUUUUGUGCAGCAACACGUAUGCGUAGUACCUGCGUUUAUGGUGGUGCUCCAAAACCACCACAACAACGUGAAAUAAAAUAUGGUUUAGAAAUUUGUAUUGCUACACCAGGACGUCUGCUCGAUUUUGUACGUGAAAAAACAAUUAAUCUUGAUCGUGUUACAUUUCUUGUUUUGGAUGAAGCUGAUCGAAUGCUUGAUAUGGGUUUUGAACCACAAAUUCGUAAAAUUAUUAAAUGUAUUCGAUCUGAUCGUCAAACAGCAAUGUUUAGUGCAACAUGGCCAAAAGAAGUGCAAAAAUUAGCAUCAGAUUUUAUGACAAAUGCUUCACAUAUAACAUUAGGUAAAGCAAUAUUAAAUGCCAAUCAAAAUAUUCAUCAAAUAGUUGAUGUUUGUGAAGAACGUGAAAAAGAACAAAAGUUAAUAAAAGUUUUAGCUGCUGUUAUGCGUGAUCAAGAUUGUAAAGUGAUUAUAUUUGCCCAAACUAAAAAACGUGUUGAUGAUAUAUUUUACACAAUUAAACGUCUUGGUUAUCCGGUACUCUCUAUUCAUGGAAAUAAACGUCAAAAUGAACGUGAUCGAGUUUUACAAGAAUUUCGAUCACGACCACGUAUUAUUCUCAUUGCAACGGAUGUUGCUGCUCGUGGUUUAGAUGUCGAAGAUGUACGUAUUGUUAUUAAUCUUGAUUAUCCAGCACAAACCGAAGAUUAUGUUCAUCGUAUUGGUCGUACAGCUCGUUCCGGUACGAAAGGAACUGCUUAUACAUUUUUUACUCGUGAAAAUGCUAGACAAGCACAUGAUUUAAUACAAUUACUUAAAGAUUCAAAUCAAGAUGUAAAUGAAAAAUUACAUAGUAUGUCAAAAGCAAAAUUUUUUGCUAAUCGAAACAGUACUUAUGGUAAAGGAUUUACUGGACGUAUUGAUAUAAAUCAUAAUGGUUUGGAUAAUACUCGACAUACUCGUUUUAGUGAGAAACGUUCACGUAGUCGUAGUCCAGUUAAUUCAACUCAGAAUGAUACAACACAAAAUUUUAAACGUUCUCGUUUUGAUAAUAAUGUUGCACCUCGACAUCCUUAUUCACAACAAAUAAAUGGAAAAUCUCAAGUCAAUGGAGGAACUAUUCCAUCACAACCGACUCCAUCUUUUAAUACAUUAUACAAUCAAAUAAAAACAAUUCCACCACCUCCUAUGUCAUCAACAAUGUAUUCACAAGCUUAUCAAAUGUAUACACAACCGCCUCUACCACCUGGUCCACCUCCAUCAUCAUAA